AUGAGCGAAUUUAAAUUAUUGCGAAAAAUUUUAGAUUCGUCUAUAAAAAUUGAUAAAAUUUGUUUAUCAUAUGUGACUCGAAUUUUUCCAGAGUUCAAAGAUGCAUCGUAUAUUAUAUUAUAUAAAGAAGCAUUUGAAUCUAUCGUUGAUCAUUCAAAAUCUAUCGAUAAUGAUGAAACAAAUCAAUUUGAGGUCAUUGGGUCACCUUUGAAGUAUUCGUUUGAUGAAGAAGAUGAUUUUGAGGAUAGUAUGAUUUUAAUAAAACAAAAUUGGCAUAAAGAAGAAGAAAAAUAUAUGCCAUUAAAUAGAAUAGAAGCAUGUCAUGCAUUGAAUAUUUGCGUUGAAUUUAUGAAUGUUCCUUUUCUACCAAUACUUGCACUUUGUGAUGGCAAAGAUAAUAAGAAAAGUAGAUUAUUAGGUAUAAUGAUUGAUGAUGAAUGGUUUACUACAAUAGAAGUUUAUUCAUCUGGUACUGAAACUCUUGAAACUCUUAACGAAUCUUCUUCUGAAAUGUUUCAACAACAUUUGGAGCUUUCGCAUGUUUGUGAACAAGACGUGACUGUCUCUGCAUUUAGUACUUUUGAUUUAUUUGGAACAAUGGAAGAAAUGAUUAAUUGGGAUAAUAAUUUAAAAAGUAAUUUUGAAGGGAGUUUAAGGGUAGAAGUAGAUAGUUGUAGUUUGUUAUUAUGUCCACAUACAAGAGCAUCUAAAUAUAAUUUGAUUGCUCAAAUUGUUACAAAUACAAAUCAUAGUUCUAUGAUAGAAUUAUGGAAACAAUUAUUAUUGAUAAAUCAAUAUUUGAAUAUAAUAGAAGAUUAUAGAAAGAAUGUAAAUACUCAUUAUAAUUCAGUUCCUUUGCAAUUUCCACAUGACUUUAUAAAUCCAUACAAAAAGGAACAUAGUAUAAUACUGAACAAUUUAAGUCUUUUGUUAAAUGGAGAUUACAGCUCUAACAAUUAUAGUGACAUUGAGGAAGAGAAAAUAAAUUUUUUAAAUGAGGAAAAUUUAGGAAAUGACAUAAAAAUUCAUAAAUAUGUACAAAGUCUCCCAUUUAGACACAAUUUAGAUUUUACAGAUUUUUUAUGGGAAUUAUUGAUACAGAAUUCUAAUUAUUUUGAAAUGACAAAAUGCAUUCACAUAGUUCUUGAAGAAAUUAUAAUAAAUAACUGUUUACCACAGAUCAACCAUACAAAUUCAACAAAAUUUGCCAAGAUUAUUACUAAUCCACACCAACAAAAAAUAAUUUCACCUUUAUUAUCUGGUAGUUUACCAUUAGAAUAUGUUAUAGACAUGGGUUUUAAGAAGUUAUGCAAAGAUUAUAUAUGCAUUUUAGCAAAUACAGGAUUUGGUGAAUUACAUGACAUUCAACAAAAAUUAAAAAAUUUAUCUUGUAAUGAGUUUAUAGUUAAUACAUAUAGAGAAACAUUAAUAUAUUUGGUACAAAUUCAUAUAUGUUUGGAAUUUAUUGUUUUAAUACAAAAUAAUUUAGGAUGUUCAAGUGAGGAUCUUAGAACAUUAUUUUGUUGUGCUCUCAAACAAUAUGUUGGUGAAAUGUCACCUGUGAAAAAUGAUCAUGAUUUACAUCAAAACAAAAUAUAUACUUUAACUCUGCCACUUCCUGUUUCAGCAAUUAGUAAUUUAAAUACUGAAAUUCCGAGUAUGCGAAGGAUUUCACUUUCAUCUCAGUCUAAAUUGACAAAAUUAACAACAAUUAAAUAUUACAGUCAGUUACCAAUUUUUCCUAAAAGCAUAUAUCCAUUAGACAAUUCAAAUAUAUUAGAUGAAGGAUAUCAUGUAAUAACUGCAACCUGUUCAUCUAAUAAAUACAAGUAA